AUGCUGGAGUUCAGGAAGAAUCACACGCACGUCUCGAGCAGCUUCCUGUUCAGACAGUGGGCCACCUGGGGCAGCCUCCACGCCUCCAUCGGCCCCGAGUGUGGCGAGGACUUCGAGGACCGAUUCUGGGCCUGGAGCGUCAACGCCACGGACGCCUCCGCCUCCAUCGCGUCCCUUGCGGCCAGGCGGCCAGCGACCGCCGCCGCAGGCUGCCGGGACGACCCGAGCUUCGAGGGGCCGUGGAAGGGGGCCUCGUGCGAGGCGUGGGCGGGCUGGGUGCGAGCCCAGAGGUUCCGGUGCGAGGACUACCGGGAGCAGGCCCCGCUCCUGCUGAGGAGCUGCCCGGUCGCCUGCGGGACCUGCGAGGCCGGGGAGGGCGCGGAGCCCAAGGUCGGCAAGGGCCGCGCCUCUGCCGGCGACGUCGGCCCGGAGGCCAAGGCUGGCAAGGGCCGGGCGCCCCCGGCGGCUGCCGCCGCGACGGGCGCGGAGGCCGCGGCGAGCCGCGGGCCCGCCGCGCAGAGCGCGGGCAAGGGCCGCCCGCAGGCCGAGGCACCGUCGCCGCCCCCGCCGACGGUCGUCUAUUUCCUCAAGCAGAGCGGCGUCUGCGAGAAGCACGUCGAGACGGAGAGCGAGUGCGAGGAGGCGGCAGAGUCGCUCAGCGAGGUCCGGGCGAGCCGCAUCGAGUUCUCGUUCUCCAGGGUGGACCGUCCAGUUGGCUGCUACUGGUAUAAGCACUCGGACACCCUGAACUGGAACACGAACAUCGCAGGCGUCGACUGCAACAAGCAGCGCCAGUGCAUCUGCAAAGAGGACGGAGGGGGGCAGCGUGCAGAAGCCCACGUGGAGGCGGAGUCGGAGGAGGCCAAGCAGGAGCGGCUGCAGGCCCUGCGGGCGCAGCUCUCAGGCAGCGGCGGCAUCUUGGGAGAGGACGGCGGCGGCAGUGCUCGGCGGAAAGGUGGUGGCAGCAAGACGAUCAUCAUGGGCGACGCCAGCAGCCAGUCCCACAUCGAGUAUCGCGAGGUGGAUGACGACGGCGGGAUGACGUCGCUGAACCCUCACGGCCGGUAG